GGCAGAAGAGGCCAGAGGAACCAGACCGUGACGUCACGCCAGCCUUUACAGAUCACAUGACCAUCACGGAAGUCAACAAACCGGGCGGGCAGCGAGAUGUAACAACGAUAAAGCACUUUACUUCUUCAUCCUGUUUUCUUUCCUUUAACGUCAGUAGCUUCAUGCGUUUUAACAACGAGCACUUCAAUGAAACCGUAUGCCUUUCAAAUGUCGAAGUGUUGGACGUACUUUCCGUCAUUUAGUUAGCUAACUAGCGUUAAUUAGUUUAUAGUUUAUAGUUUAAAGGUUUCAUCAUGAGGAGUGAUUCUCUCCUCUCGAGCAUCAACGUGGUGCUCGUCAUGGCCUACGGUAGUCUGGUGUUUGUUUUGUUGUUCAUCUUCGUCAAAAGACAAAUUAUGCGAUUUGCCAUGAAGUCUCGGAGAGGACCACAUGUUCCCCUCGGCCACAAUGCUCCUAAGAAGCUGAGACAAGUAAUUGAAGCCAAACUGUGCCAGGUCCAAAAAAUCCACUUUGAGCCUCGUCUGCUGUCCCCAGAUGAUGACCGGCUAAAGCACAGAGGGCAUUCUGGUUUCCCUGACCACCUGUACAGGAUGAGAGCGCUGGAUGCCAUCAGAGACACUGAUCUCCCUUUCCGUGAACUGGGCGGCACAUCCACCGCCGUGACGGGUAAAAGACUUCGGACGUGGCUUCUACAGCUACGAAACAAUCACUGCGUGUUCCGAGACAGCCUGAGCUCGCUCAUCGACACAGUGCUGGACGGGUACAAUAAAGCACGCCACGGGGCAGAGGCUUUUGGUGAAGCAGAGUUUUUGAAAUACCAAGAAGCUCUAACUGAGCUGGCCUCUGCCGUCAAGUCUCACAGCAACAGCACCACGCCGAGCCAGUACCACCAGUCGGCAGCCAAAGACCUGACCAGCACCACGGAGCCCGCAAGCUCCUCCUCCUCUCCGACCCAAACCACCUACCUCACAUCCUCAAUGCAGCAGCGCAGCAAGCGACCAAGAAACUUCCUGGAGCUGAAGAACUUCAAAGACAACUACAACACGCUGGACAGCUCGUUCUGAAAAAGAAAGGUCAAAGCCAAGGUAGAGCUGCCAGUGAUUAAAGUGCCUACGGACGCCGACGGGUCACCACAUAGUUUAGUGUGAAAUGAUAAAAACACUGCCUUCAUAUACUAACACGUAUUAUCUGGUUUACGUUAUAAUGCAUAUCAGACUUAGUGCUCUUUAUUUAAGUAGAGCUUAUGCAUAUAUCCUGUAUUAAUGCAUGUACAGUAAAAAUGACUACAGUUAGUGACUAUAGUAAGUAGGGUUGAUUUGACCAAAACACAACCAGAGCUAUGGGGCUAUGCAAUGGCAUCAGACAAUCAGUAUUUAUUGCACAAUGUAAAGACCUAUGCAGAUUUGUUUAUAUUAACCUGUAACUGUAUUUUAACAUGCUAAUCGUUAAUAUAUGUAGAGAAACCCAGUGGUAACGGUUGAAGAAGGCACACUGUUUGUUUAUGUCUCCUAUGUUUACAUCUAUGUAUGUCUCAGCUGUUAAGUUGCCUCUCAGUGAUUUGUUCUUUUGAGCCUUGAACGUUUGUUUUACAGAAGCCAUACUUGAUUUGUGAUGAUUAAGUGCUCUUUUGAUUUAAUCUGUUCUCUCCGUGCAAUGUGAUUUAACAGUAUUCCGGUGCGUUAUUGCAUUCUGAAUGUUGCAUCAGGGGUCUUUCUUGACUUUUGCCUCUUUUUUUUUUUUAGACAGGGACCUGGAAUAAUUUUAUUUUCUGUUGUGUUUAUUGUACAAGUUGCCAUCCAAAUAAAGCACUGACAUACAGUCAAAA